AUGGCAGAGUUGAGAUGCCGGAAAACAGCGGUAAAGGAGGGAGAAGAGGAGGAACACCAGCAGUGUGAAUCUGAACCUCGCUCAGAGAAUUUUACAAGUAAGCAACCACACUCAAUAGGUGUCAAGAUACAACUGUAGGCCUACAUGGUUUUUUGACAGCCAGGAAAUAAAUAUAUGUGGGUGAAGUUGUAAUUUAUUCAUUUUCUUUUACCAGUGGACAAGGUUAGUCUGAAGAAGUGUUCAGAGGACACAGAUGGAGCUACUUGUGGGGCUCAGGAGAAAGAGAAGGAAGAUGAAGAGGAGGAGGAGAAGAAGGAAGAAGAUGAAAAGGAGGAGGCAGACAGUCAGAAGCCCUCUCCUGUCAAAAGAACCCGGAGCGCCUGCAGAUGUGAGUGGAUCUCUUGUUAUUUUCUCACUGGAAGGGUAGGGAUGAUUAUUCUCUUUCACCAGAUACUUCCUCCAAUGUUAUGUGAAAUAGCCUGGGGACAAGGUUACUCACUGACUGACACAAUCACACAGUAAAAUAUGUGCGUGGGUGAGUGUGUGACUUUUGUCUGACAAUAACGUGAUGUUCAAAUGUACUUUACCCCCACUCCGCAGCGGUUAUGCUUCAGAGUCUAGUGAAGCUGUUCUUUGGAUGCCUGGCAGCAGUAACAUGUGGCAUGAUGUAUGCAGUGUAUCUCUACACCUACCACGAGAGGAAGUUCUGGUUUUCUAGCAGACAGGUGGGUAGCGCUAGCCUGGGUACUAGUCUGUUUGUGCUACCAUUCCACUCCUUUCCACUCCUUGUCAUGCCACACUUGGGAUGCCACACCAGGCUAGGGUAGCGCUGGGUCUUCCCCCAAUCCAUUUCUCUCUCUCUCAGCCCUCCUGUUUUUCUCUCCUUCCUCUCUUGUUCUCUUGUCCUGUCUGAUAAAUCGUUAAAUAAGGGCCAGAUGUUAACAGGAAUAUGAACAAUGCUUACCCUACCUUUGUGCUUAUUUUGUAUCAGGAGCUGGAACGGGAAAUCACCUUCCAGGGUGGCAGUGGACUCUACUAUUACUACUACAAACACAUGUUGACAGCACCCUCCUUUGAAAGAGGUAAUGGCCUAAUCUUGCCCCAAACAAACCAGUAUCCAAUACAAAUCAGUGGUUUUGAUAUCCAAACCUGAGACAGCCUGUCUCACCCAGUCACAGUUCUACUGUAACACUAUCAUAUGUUGCCAUACUGUUACUACAUCUAUGGUUUUCAGUGAUCAUCCUCUUCUUAUUUCUGUCUUAUGGAUUCGUUGUUUUUCUGCUUUAGGGAUAUACGAGCUGAUGAGAGACAACAGGACUGUGUCUGGUCAGACCAUCAACGCAGUGGAACGCCUGUCUCUGUACCCAGAGCUUGUUACUAGCCUGCUCUAUAGAGUCACAGGAAGCCAGGUCAGUCCACCACCCAGAGAUAAUCUCUUUCCCUUGAUCAAAAAGAUCUGACAUGAACCUGUGUUUUUUGGCUGCGUGGCAACUUGCGUUCGUUGACGCGCUGCCUACCCACAACCUGCAGUCUUAUCACCCAUAGAGAUGCUGGUGAUGUACUCUGUGUGUGUCUGACUGGUAUGGUUUCCUCCACCCAUCAGGAUGUAAUAGAGCCAGUAUACUUCUACAUCGGGGUGGUGUUUGGCCUCCAGGCUGUCUACGUCACUGCCCUCUUCGUGUCCAGCUGGGUGAUGAGUGGCACGUGCGUGGCUGGCAUACUGGCUGUGGCCUGGUAUGUCAUCAACCGGUGAGAGUGUGUUCAUCUCCCAAUCAGACACAAUGGAUGCGUCCCAAGUGGCACCCUAUUCCCUUUAUAUUGUGCGCUACUUUUAACCAGGGCCCUACGAUGCAGACUAUGUCUGUUUCCCCAUUGUCCUGCUUUUUCCAGAGGUGUGCACUUGCACCCUCCCUGUCAUGGAUUUAAAAGCAUAGGAGUGUUGGCUGGAGGGUAGUUUCCACCAUUGUUAAAUCCAUCAGAGAAAGUGUUCAAGUGUGAUGAAUCAGGACACAACCAUUAUCAUGGUCUUCCUAGGCAUUCAGACAUUACAACUUAACUUGUUUUAAUUCUGUCAUUGUUCAUUCAUUGUCUCCCCAGACCAGACACAAGCAAAGUGGACUAUGCCAUUCCUCUGCGGGACAACUGGGCCUUGCCUUAUUUCUCCUGCCAAGUUGCAGCUUUAACAGGAUUCCUGAGUAAUAACGUUAACUCUGCCACAGAGGUGAGCUACCUUUGCAUGUUGCUCCAAAUGUAACAAUUACUUUUUAAAUACCUAGGUCAUUGAAGUAAGGGAGAGGAAUAGAUCAUUGUUAUGUGUGGGAUAUAGGGAAUAUAGAGAUUCUAAGUUUGUGUUUGAAAGCUCUUCAUCAUACCACCUGUAGGUUUUUCCCCAUUAGUAAAAUUGACACGUUGGCUCUCCCCUCUGUGUUGUAGAUGUUCUGUUACCUCCUGAUGAGUGCCACCACCUUCACCUUCAUCCUGGUGUGGGAUCACAGCCACUACGUGCUCUUCAUCCAGGGCCUGGCACUGUUCCUGCUUGACUCCUUUGACCUGGUGCCGCCCCGCAAGGUACUUACUUACUGCCCUCCAAAGUUAUUGUGAUAUUAUCUUAUUUUGAAGACCUAUUUGCUGACUUCAAAUGCUGACUUCCGUCUUCAUGGUUCUUGCAGAUGAAACAUUUGCUGAAGGAUAUUUUGGUAUGAUAAAAUGUCAAAGUGUUCAGUCAAUUGGAUAUAGUCUCAGUAUCUCUCUCUCUUUCUGUCUCUCUGUGUGAUUGUCAAGAUGGCUGACAUUCACAAGGUGUACCUGAGCUCUCUCUUCCUGGCCUACAUCCUCCAAUUCCAGAACCCAGCCCUGCUCAGCUCCCCUCUGCUCAGCCUCCUCAUCAGCACAGUGCUCGCGAGGUACUUCCAGGUAGAGAUAGCUUCUCACUCACUCUGUGGAACCAAAUGGCAGUUAGGCUUUGGAGCUGUAAGUUAGCUUCCACCUUUCACACAAAAUUAUGAAAUAUUGAACGUCCAAUACCGUUCACACAUGGAGGAAACGUUUGAUUGAAGCAUAAGGUGUAAAUUAGUCUUAAUAAGAUGAUGGAAGCUGCUAAUGUUAGAUAACAGAGGUUUCUCUGAUCUUUGACAACUGCCACAAUCACUUUCAAAAGUUGUCUGUGGUCUUGUUUUCAGCAAAACAUGAAGAUGGGCCCCCUAGUGGCCAGACUGAUGAAGGUCUUUCUGCAUUUCUACCUUUGCUUCACCACCGGGAUCACCUACAGCUAUGUGGCCAAGGUGAGAGUCCCUGAGUUUAGGUUCAGUUUCAUCAAUAUUGUAAAAUUGAUGGAAAUAUGGGAAUGUUCCCUCUCUGGAUGUGUAUUUGUCUCUGGAUGUGUAUUUGAAAGGAAAUUGCAACAUCUGAUUAACAAACACACAACAUGUUGUAGUAGAUGGGAUUUUAGUUGAAAAAUUUAACUUUUCAUGUAAUAUGCUUCUAAUUUGAUUUCCAGCGACUAAUGCCAGUCAGUGAGAGUGAUUUCAUUUUGAGAUUUCUUGAAGUGAAAUUCGGACUCAACACAACAACGUGAGUUGGAACACUUUCUAACUUAGAACUGACCCAAAUAUUUGGCAUUCAGCAAUAAGACAAAGAUAAGGUAAUUCUAAUGUGAAGUGGCCUGAAGUCUUACUGUAGUAAUAUUAAGUGUUCAAUCAUGAUGUUCACUAGCAAUGAACAACAGCAAAUAUUAAAAUAUUCACAAAAUAUUGAAUGGAUACUCUUCCUCAGAGACUUUGUGACCAACCGGCUCCUGUGUCAAGAAUGCUUCCAGACCCCCAGUCAGGACUUUUUCCUGCGGCUUACCCAAGCAUCAGUCCUGCCUUUCUACCUACUGGUCCUCCUUAUCUGUCUCAUAUCAACACUGCAGACCAUCUACAGGAGGCUCAGGUUAGAAACUACACAUAGUAGACGCCAAGAGAAGCUGUUGUUUUGUGUUCUCAUAAUAUGGUCGAUUUGAAGUAUGAAGGUUUUUGUAUGGCCAUUCAGUAAUUUUUGUAUCUCCAUGGUGACAGUGGUGAGCCAAUGAAAACGAACCUCAGACUCGAAGAUGGACGAAUAGGAGAGCAACCCGAGGUCAUCUACCACGUUUUCCACACAAUGCUGUUCGGGGCUCUGGCUAUGGUCUUUGAGGGGUGUGUUCCUAAAUGAUUCAGGCUUACUUGCUAUAAGCUGUCAGACAUGGAACAAAAAAAUGGCUGUCAUUUUUCACAUGUGGUGUUCAACUAUGGAUUGACUCUCCCGCAGGAUGAAGUAUUUGUGGACCCCAUACGUCUGCAUGUUCACAGCGUUUGGUGUGUGUUCUCCAGAGCUCUGGGUGACUUUGUUCAGGUGGCUGAGGCUGAAGUCCAUCCACCCUGUGGUACUGGUGAGAGAGGCAUUUUCCAUUCAAUUGUCUCCAAGCACCAUAACCUCUACGCUUCGAGUGUGGACAUGCCUCCGGCUCCAUACUCAUAGCUAACAAAUAGAUUCCAGAACACUGAACAGUCCCUUUACAAGUCAGAAUGUUGAAUAAACUUUAUUUGAACUUACUCUACUGGUUGUCAGCUGAUUUCGUCAUUAUGCAGUUGGAAAUGUGAGACAAAAUAUUCACAGGAAAGUAUUAUUAAACCGACUUCAAAACACAUGCGGGUCGCUGUGUGUGGCUAUCACGGUUUGUUCAUCACCUGAGGCACGCUCACACGAUGUAAAUACAUGCUGCAUGCAUACUAGCCGAGCGCGUGCAGGUGUGUACAUGGUUUUGCGCAUGUGUCAGGUGAUAGAAAUCUCAGCGCAGUACCAGCGUCUUGAAAGUCAGGUUAAUAAUGGAUAUUUAUUCUCACAUUUCCAGAGGCAUAAGGACCAACCGCAGAGACAACCAGUAGAGUAAGUUCAAAUGUAAGCUAUUCUGGCUUUUGGAGGUCGUAAGAGGAAGCUUUCCAAACAAUUGUAUUGCUUUGUUUCAGACUGAUACCUAGAUAUCAGUCUGAUGUUUUAGGCUACAAGCACAAUAUCUGUUCAUAAUGUAAAAGUAUAACAUUAAUCUUUUGCUGCUUGUUUUACCCAAACAGGCCUUGAUCUUGAGCACAGCAGUUCCAACUAUCAUUGGAUUCAGUUUAUGGAGAGAGGUGAGGUUUGCAAUAUACGUUAGUAUCAUCAUGUAUUAGUAUUCUCAUGGUUUGAACUUUAACAAUUAAGGUGACAUUUGGAACAUGUUAAAUUGGCAUAACCCUCUCUCCUUCUUUCAGUACUUUCCCCGUGUCAUAGCAGAACUAUCAGAGCUGCAGGAAUUCUAUGACCCAGAUACAGUCGAGCUGAUGAACUGGAUAAAGUGUGUAAUCUGCCUCACACAGAUCAUUUAAUACCCUUUAAUGCAGUUUACCUUGACUUGAGGGUUACACAGUACAUUCUUACUGAGGAUUCUGACCCACCAACUCAUUUCUGCCUCCCUCCCUCUUUUUCUGUCUGUCCCGCCUCUGUUCCUCUCUUUCCUCUCCAGGACCCAUGCCCCGAUGGCGGCAGUGUUUGCAGGCAGCCCACAGCUGUUGGGAUCGGUGAAGCUGUGCUCAGGUUGGACUGUGACCAGUCUGCCUCUCUACUCAGACAUUGACCUGCUGAGGAGGAGUGAGGAUGUGAGUAUGCCUACCUGAAUCAUAUGGUGUGCACUUAGUAGAGUAGACGCAAACAGGAGAAAAUGUUAUGAGAUAGAAAAAAACAUUCUUAAUCCUACAGGUUAAAACAUAUCUCCCCCUGAAACAUAGGAUAGCUGUUCUCCCUAGCAAUUAGUUUUUUCCUUCUGUCAAUCCCCCCAUUUGAAACCUUAUGGUUUGUGUCAAAUAGACGUACCAGGUGUAUGCAAUGAGGUCUGCGGAAGAAGUCUACAAGAUUCUGUCUUUGCACAAGACGAGCUACGUGAUUAUCGAAGAGUCGCUGUGCAACGAGUUGAGUCCCACCAAGGGCUGCAGGAUCAAAGACCUGCUGGAUAUCGCCAACAGCCAUGUGAGUAUUAUGAACACCACUCCCUAUACGUCAAAAUUAUACUAGAUGCACGCACACACACACUUUGAUGAUAAGCUGUAAAUUGUUACAGUACAUAACGACGCUCUGUCGGAGCAAUAUAGCCUAUAUAUACUACCGGUCAAAAUUUUAGAACUACUCAUUCAAGGGUCUUUCUUUAUUUUUACUAUUUUCUACAUUGUAGAAUAAUAGUGAAGACAUCAAAACCAUGAAAUAAUAUGUUAUAUUUGAGAUUAUUUGCCUUGAUGACAGCUUUGCACACUCUUGGCAUUCUCUCAACCAGCUUCAUGAGAUAGUCACCUGGAAUGCAUUGCAAUUAACAGGUGUGCCUGCUUAAAAGUUAAUUAGUGGAAUUUCUUUCCUUCUUAAUGCAUUUGAGCCAAUCAGUUGUGUUGUGACAAGGUAGGAGGGGUAUACAGAAGAUAGCCCUAUUUGGUAAAAGACCAAGUACAUAUUAUGGCAAGAACAGCUCAAAUAAGCAAAGACAAACGACAGUCCAUCAUUACAUUAAGACAUGAAGGUCAGUCAAUACAGAACAUUUCAAGAACUUUGAAAGUUUCUUCAAGUGCAGUCGCAAAAACCAUCAAGCGCUAUGAUGAAACUGGCUCUCGUGAGGACCGCCACAGGAAUGGAAGACCCAGAGUUACCUCUGCUGCAGAGGAUAAGUUCAUUAGAGUUACCAGCCUCAGAAAUUGCAGCCCAAAUAAAUGCUUCACAGAGUUCAAGUCACAGACACAUCUCAACAUCAACUGUUCAGAGGAGACUGUGUGAAUCAGGCCUUCAUGGUCGAAUUGCAGCAAAGAAACCACUACUAAAGGACACCAAUAAGAAGAAGAGACUUGCUGGGGCCAAGAAACACGAGCAAUGGACAUUAGGGCGGCAGGUAGCUUAGUGGUUAAGAGCGUUGUGCCAUUAACCGAAAGGUUGCUGGUUCUAAUCCCCGAGCCGACUAGGUGAAAAAUCUGUUGAUGUGCCCUUGAGCAAGGCACUUAACCCUAAUUGCUCCUGUAAGUCACUCUGGAUAAGAGCGUCUGCUGAAUGACUAAAAUGUAAAAAAAAAUUAGACUGGUGGAAAUGUGUCCUUUGGUCUGGAUUACAAAUGGGAGAUUUCUGGUUCCAACCGCCGUGUCUUUGUGAGAUGCGGUGUGGGUGAACGGAUGAUCUCUGCAUGUGUAUCUCCCACCGUAAAGCAUGGAGGAGGAUGUGUUAUGGUGUGGGGGUGCUUUGCUGGUGACACUGUCUGUGAUUGAUUUUAUAAUUCAAGGCACACCUAACCAGCAUGGCUACCACAGCAUUCUGCAGCGAUACGUCAUCCCAUCGACAGUGGGACUGUCAUUUGUUUUUCAACAGGACAAUGACCCAACACACCUCCAGGCUGUGUAAGGGCUAUUUUACCAAGAAGGAGAGUGAUGGAGUGCUGCAUCAGAUGACCUGGCCUCCACAAUCCCCCGACCUCAACCAAAUUGAGAUGGUUUGGGAUGAGUCAGACCGUGGGAACUCCUUCAAGACAGUUGGAAAAGCAUUCCAUGUUAAGUUGGUUGAGAGAAUGCCAAGAGUCUGCAAAGAUGUCAUCAAGGCAAAGGGUGGCUAUUUGAAGAAUCUGUUUAAAACUUUUUUGGUUACUAUAUGGUUCCAUAUGUGUUAUUUCAUAGUUUUGAUGUCUUCACUAUUAUUCUACAAUGUAGAAAAUAGUAAAAAUAAAGAAAAACCCUUGAAUGAGUCGGUGUUCUAAAACCUUUGACCGGUAGUGUACAUGAUUGCUUUCUUGCACAUUACUGUUCUUUCUUGCUUUGACUUUUGCCGUCCUUCCUCCACCAGGUGGUGUAUGACAAAGGCGAGAUGUACUCCUUCUCCAAACAUGGGCGAUUCUGUCAUGAGAUAAAGAUGAACUAUUCGCCCUACACCAACUACUUCUCAAGGGUUUUCUGGAACAGGUCCUAUCACGUCUACAAAGUCAACUCUGUCAUCUCCUUCCAGUACUGAAGACAGCUCAGCUUCAGUCUAACUACUGAGCCAAUACUUUCUUCUGUCUCUGCAGUGUCUGUUACCAUAGUUGGAUGCAAUACAACCCCUUCGCAGUUGAUUCUCGUAAAAUCAGUGGAAGCGUGUUGAUUGAAUAUUCAGUCCCCCUUUGACAUUCUACAGGGAGUGUAAAUUGUCUUGAUAUUCUGCACAGUAACAAAUCGAAAACCCACACAUGUAACAGAGUGAGAUCCAUGAUGAGAACAUUCAGUUGGUCCCCCAAUUGUUGCAUGUCAGAUAAGUGGUCAAACUCUUAAUGAAUAGUUAGGGGCGAAGUUCACAAUGCCAUGUGAAUCAUAGUACUGUAUUUCGUUUUCCAAAACACAAAUUACUGUGAUGCCUUGAGUGAAAGCAAAGCACACAUGCAUGUAAGGGCUACAGGUCCACUAUUCUCUUCUUGUCAUUAUUUACCUCUUAAUACUGACGCACAUGCAGUGCAUGUGUGCUGUUAAAGAUUAAAGUUUGCUGCUUUGUGUCUUAGGAUGUAUUUGGCUGCACGGCCC